AUGGACACAAUUCCAGUGGGAAAACUAAAUGAAAAUAUAACCAGGGCUGACACUUCAGAGUUUUACAGUAGCGUGGUCUCGAAGCUCCAGCUGCUUACACACCCGUUAUCAUGCGUACUACAUGUUAUUUUUAAGUCCAUAAUAGUGGCCACGUACUACGGAUUCCCCUCCAUCAUGGGAAUUUUUACUGGUGUAUCUCCAGACCUCAUAAUGACCUUUUGUAUCACUUUAACCCUGGCGCUGGUGGACCUUUUGGUCGUGAAGAACUAUACUUCAGUAAACCUGGUAGGGGUGUCCUGGUACUUUGACAUAUGCGAUAACGGGUCGUACCACCUUUUGAAGAGGCGGAUCAAGGAGGAAGUUUUUCUAAAUAACACGCAAGUGAAGUACUUUUGGUUCAUAACAUAUACAUGGACUGCUUUUUGGCUCAUAAACACAUUAUUCAGGCUAACUUUCUUUAAGCUCGGCCCGUUCAUCGCUCUUCAGCUCGUCCUAUCGAUCCUGCUGUGUGCCGGAGGAGCCGUCAACCUUUUCAACUGCACACUGUGCCUUGAGGAUAAGCGUGCAUUAUUAGAGGACAAGUUCGACAAAUUUGCCAAAAGGAUAAAUCUGAGAAAAUGA